AUAUAUCAUAUACAAAUAAUACGUACAUUGUUGAUGUAAUGCAAGAGUCUAAAUAUCAACGUGUACAUUUUUUAUAAAUCUGGCUUCUCUUUUUUUAUUUAAAUAAAAACGCAAACAAAGAUAAAAUGAUCCAUUGCUCAUCAUAUUAAAAAUAUUGUUUAUAAAAAAUAUUAUAUAAUGAAAUCACAGCAACGAACUGGUCAAAUAUUAAAAUAUGUUAGUUUAAUUACACUUACAUUACAAAAUGCCUUGGUUGGACUUAGUAUGCGUUAUGCACGUACAAGAUCAGGAGAUAUGUUUCUCUCAUCAACUGCUGUUGUUAUGGCAGAAGUUGUUAAAUUUUUAACAUGUCUAAUAUUAGUUUUUAUUGAAGAAGGAAAUUUUUUGAAAUUUUUUGAUUCUCUAAAAUUAAUAAUUAUAAAACAGCCUAUUGAUACCUUAAAAGUAUCUGUGCCAUCACUUUUAUAUAUUAUACAAAAUAAUCUUUUAUAUGUAUCAGCAUCUAAUUUAGAUGCAGCAACUUAUCAGGUAACAUACCAACUUAAAAUCUUAACAACAGCAUUUUUUGCUGUAGUAAUAUUACGAAGAUCUUUAAGAAAUACUCAAUGGGGAGCUCUAAUAUUAUUAGUUAUAGGAGUAGUAUUAGUACAAUUAGCACAAAGUUCAGAUACUAGUUUGCCAUCUGGCAUAGAACAAAAUCAUUUACUUGGAUUUUCAGCUGCUUUAAGUGCAUGUUUUUUAUCAGGUUUUGCAGGCAUAUAUUUUGAAAAAAUAUUAAAAGAUUCAGAUAUAUCUGUAUGGAUAAGAAAUAUUCAAUUAAGUUUGUUAUCUUUACCUUUUGGAUUAAUUACAUGUUUUGUAAAUGAUGGUGAAAUGUUACAGAAACAAGGUUUUUUCUUUGGCUAUGAUUUAUUUAUUUGUUAUCUAAUUAUACUUCAAGCAGGUGGAGGUCUCAUUGUUGCAAUGGUGGUUAAAUAUGCAGAUAAUAUACUUAAAGGUUUUGCUACAUCCUUAGCCAUUAUAAUUUCUUGUGUAGCUUCAAUAUAUCUUUUUAAUUUCAAUUUGAGUUUCCAGUUUUCUAUAGGUGCCAUUUUAGUAAUAUUAUCAAUUUUUAUGUAUAGUCAUCAACCAAAGUCUACAAUUGUUGAUAAACAUUCUCUAACUGAUAAAGUUUGAUGUAAACUAAAUUAAACUGCCUAUAAGAUAAGUGAUAUUAUUCAAUUCAGUAAAUUUAUUAAUACAUUCA